CAUUAUAGACGGAACGGGAGCUAUGGUAGGGUCGGCCAUAAUCGGCGGUGUAUUACUGGCGCUCAUCGAAGGCAUGGGUAUACUAUUCACGCGAUACUCGUCGGAACAGUUCAGACCCAUUCACCCGUUAGAAGAUCCGACACAAUUAGGACAAUCGCCCGGUGCCGGCGGACCUACCCCUCCCUUUCCAGGGCUGGUAGCCCUGACGAUUGGUAAAGUGAUCGACAUUAAUAAGUCCGGGAUCAAUGUAAACUUAGGAAACAUUGGAGUAAAAGUUGGUUUAAAUGGAAACCAAGACAAAGAUAAUGCCAUUCAAUGCAAUGGGAACAAUACAGUCGGUGUUGUAGUGAACGGCACCGCAAAUACCGACAGUAAAGACUCGGGUAAGGGAUGGCUCGACAAGACCUGGAGUUGGAUCAGUGGGUCGGGUGGUAAUGGAGGCGACACUGGCCUUAAAGUAAACGAAAAUACUGGUUAUUUGAAUGUCUCUGUAAAUGGAAGUAUUGGUGUUAAUGGCGGCAAAGGUCUGAAUAUUAGUGACAUCUUUGGUGAAAAUGGCAUUCAUUUCGGAAAUGGAGGUCUGAACUUAAGCCAAAUUCUCGGUGGAAAUGGUAUUCAUUUCGGACAGGAAGGAAAUGGAGGUCUGAACUUAAGCCAACUUCUCGGUGGACACGGAGGCAUUGGAGGUCUGAACCUAAGCCACAUUCUCGGUGGAAAUGGUAUCAACUUCGGAAACGGAGGAAAUGGUGGUCUGAACCUUAGCCAGAUUCUCGGUGGAAAUGGUAUCAACUUCGGAAACGGAGGAAAUGGUGGUCUGAACCUUAGCCAGAUUCUCGGUGGACACGGAGGUAUUGGAGGUCUGAACCUGAGCCACAUUCUCGGUGGGAAUGGUAUCCACUUCGGAAACGGAGGACAUGGAGGUCUGAACCUUAGCACCAUUCUUGGUGGACACGGAGGACAUGGUGGUCUGAACCUUAGCACCAUUCUCGGAGGAAAUGGUAUCCACUUCGGACAGGAAGGAAAUGGAGGUCUGAACUUAAGCCAAAUUCUCGGUGGACACGGAGGACAUGGUGGUCUGAACCUAAGCCAGAUUCUUGGUGGACACGGAGGCAUUGGAGGCCUGAACCUGAGCCACAUUCUCGGUGGAAAUGGAAUCCACUUCGGAAACGGAGGACAUGGUGGUCUGAACCUAAGCCAGAUUCUUGGUGGACACGGAGGACAUGGUGGUCUAAACCUUAGCACCAUUCUUGGUGGACACGGAGGACAUGGUGGUCUGAACCUUAGCACCAUUCUCGGAGGAAAUGGUAUCCACUUCGGACAGGAAGGAAAUGGAGGUCUGAACUUAAGCCAAAUUCUC